CAGUCAGAAAACACGACAUAUCCACCGAAAUCAAAAGUGAAAGAGAAAAAGAUUACAUCCCAAAAGCAACCAAAAAGCAAAAUUCAAACUUCGACACCAAACCAAACAUGUAUAUACAGUCAAGAUUCCUAUUUUAUAGUCUCAAGCUCAUGCAUUCUUGCUCCUCUGCAUUCCCAAAAUGGAAGAAAUUGUUCUUGCAGAACCCAUUCAAGAAAGUACUUCUGCUGCUGCUAGAGAUUAUACGAAGAGCAAUGAAAGUUCCUUUACUAGAUCAAUCACUUAUGGGUGACCAUGUGCCUCAGCCCUUUGACAGUGAGAAGUUGCCUUUGACUUUGGCUUCUUCGGGGAUUCAAAGAUUUCUUCGAGUAGCUAAUCUUAUUGAGUCAGAGGAACCUCGCGUGGCUUAUCUUUGUCGUUUUCAUGCUUUCGAAGUAGCGCAUAACUUGGACAGGAAUUCGAAUGGCCAAGGAGUACGACAGUUUAAAACUUCGCUUCUUCAACGGCUUGAACAGGAUGAAGAAGUUACUUUCAGGAAAAGGAAGGAAAGGACCGACUUACGUGAACUUAGACGUGCUUAUCUCGAGUAUAAAGGCUUCAUCAUCAAACAUGGUGGAGAGAGUAAUCUAGAAAAUAGAAAAAGGCUGACUAAAGCACGUGCCAUUGCUUCCGUAUUAUUUGAAGUAUUGGAUCCAGUGUCCAGACCAGCAGGUGUUCAGGCUCUAGCAGGGAGUGAGAGUAGCGGUGUCAAAUCUGAACUCUUUGUGUCAUAUAACAUUCUUCCUCUUGAUCAAGGAGGAAUUCAUCAUGCAAUCAUGCAACUCCCAGAGGGAGAUUUGGAUUAAAGGAAGCUUGUAGUAAUGAAGACCUACAUAUUUUACUAAUACAGCAAAUUUGGGUACUGCCUGUAGAGAUCAAAUUUACAGCAGAGAGACAAUAUUCACAUUUUAGUAGUAAUUACUACUCAGCUUUUAGCCUCAGAAUAGAAGAUUUGAGAAUGAUUUGACGAGUUGCACAAGCUAUCUUAUUUAAGAGAUCAAAUGUAUUUUGAGAUCGCUGCCUUUAGCUAUAUACCAUUAUUUACACGGUAGUUCUCACACAAAUGGCAUCACUCUUUGUCGAGCAAGGUGACUACAAUAGCGAACUUCAGUAUUCCAGCAGCAAGCAUGUCUAAGCUUUGACAUCCUUAGUGUAGCAACUGUCAUAUUUCUCAAUUGCAGAGUUCUUGAUCCACUUGUCAAAUAGGUUUACGAAGAGCAAGGGUGACCUUACCAAGCUAACUCAACUUCAAAGGAUGUGUAUUGGACUGGUCAUAGCGGUGAUGGCUAUGCUUUCUGGGAGAAAUGUGGAGCAAGGUAGGCUUAAAUAUGCUAUAAAUGACUGCAAAUACUGUGAAGGCUCAAGCUCUCUUAGUAUUUUUUGGCAAGACCUUUUUACCUAGAAAAUAUCAAGACAACUCAGUUUUUAGUAAACACUAAGUUUUAGGCUUUUGUCGACAUGUAAUAUAUAUGUAUAUUGGGGGGAUAUUAAGGUUGUAUUUAGCUGCAGAAUCUUAUAUGAUGUAAAUUCCUUCCGUAUUUAUGGAUAUAUAAGUCAAUACCUCCCAGACUGAUUAUUUUGCAGAGAAGAUUGAUGAUGUUACUGAAUUUGUUGGCACUAUAGAAUGUUCUGAAUUUUGUCUUAGAGUUUCUUUAUAGACCUGUCUUUUGAUAC